CAGCAACUGAAAACGACGCCCUCGCUCGCCUGCUCCGCGCCCAAUAAUCCUCUGGUUCUUUCAGGAUUUUGUUUGCAGACUUCUUGUUGCACAGGCAAUUACGGAUACCUGACCUUCCCCACAACGAAGUACCCCGGGAUUUCAUCGUCUGAUUUCGGACGCGUCAAAAACAAGCCCGUCUCGGCUGACAACAGCUUCGGGCGUGAACGCGGCCAUCGACCGAGAAUUCGAUUGACGCGCGAAACACCGAGAAACCCACGUGCAAUAUAUCGCCUAUUCAUCAACAAUGUCUCAGUGAGCCGGUGCCGCCUGCUCUGGCUUACGGGCCCCGACUGUCCUGUUGAAUCGCUCGUUUCGAUGCUCCGCCAAUUGUCCGCCAUCUCGCGAUGCCUACGACCCACGUUGCGCCGGACAGCGGCUCGUUACUACAAGACAUCGCGAAUACCCUUUGGAAAUCGCGGAAGGUUGUCGUCAUCACCGGUGCCGGCAUCAGCACCAACUCGGGCAUUCCGGACUUCCGGUCGGAAAAUGGUCUCUACUCUUUGAUCCAGGCGCAGUUUGAAGCGGCUCAGCAGAUUGCCGCUGGCGGUGGUAAUGUCCAUGUUUGCGACGCGUCAGUCGAGCAGAGGCCAGCGAAACGGCAACGCCGAGCGCAUGACGACUCCGACCGCAGAAUCGAAACCCACGAGAUACCGUUUCCGGGGUUACGCAAUGCGGCGCCAAAGACACUGGACGCCGACAGGGAUCAGGAAAGCCGUAAGAAGGAGGAGCCAUGCGACAGGGAACCAAAUGGCGCUCUCCCUUCACCGUCUUCCGAGUCGGGCCCAAUCCAUGACGGCACGCAGUCGGCGCACGGAAUGACCCCGAUGGAACACAAGCAAGACGCGACCGUCAUUGCGCACUCCACACUAGGGUCUCUAGAACGCCUUGCGAACACGGUGCUCGGCCCUCGCAAGAUUCAAGCCGAUUAUACCAAACCGGACCCGCCUGCUGUGGAAGCAACAGCUCCCUUUGCUUCCUCUCCCCCUACUCUCACCCUCGGCACCCCACGGUCGCUGUCUAAAGCCCACCUCUUUAAUUCGCCUCCAGAAAGCUCGUCGCCCCUCUCGUCUCCGCCCCAUAUUAUAUUUGAUCCCUACUCCGAAUCAGCAGACUGCUCCUCCAGCCAAGACACUGAAUCGUCGUGCUCUCAGAGUGAGGGGUCGUCCUCGGCGUCUACGCCGGUAUUGUCCUCACAAACUUCGUUCGCUUCCUCCCGGGCGACUCUCCCGAUCAUGAAGGGCCGCGACCUGUUUGAUGCCCAGAUCUGGUCCUGCCCGAUCAAGACAUCAGUCUUCUACACGUUUGUAUCAACGCUCCGCGACAAGGUACGAAGUGCGGAGCCAACAGAGAGCCAUCGCUUCCUUAGCGUCCUUCGCGACAGCAGGAAGCUGGUCAGAUGCUAUACACAAAACAUCGACCAGUUGGAAGAACGGGUCGGCCUUAGCACCUCGCUGUCCUUGGGAGUGGGUAGCAGGUACCGCUUCUCUGCAAGGGCCGGACGGAACUCGGGCGCAGCAAAAGGCUUGAGGAGCGCUGAUGCCGCGUCGGAGGCCAAUCAGGGUGCGUCUCCGCAGGAGGAGGAGCAAAGGGGCGUGUCUCGUCCUCAGGAAAAGCCACUGAAUGUUGUGAUGGAUGGUCUCGCGAGUGGCGAACACAAGCUCCCACCUCUCCGGCCGUCACAAACAAGGCCCGACACCAGGCCCACCACGGGCGAUGCUCCAUCUUCAACACCAUCCGCCACCGCGGCAACGUCUGCGCCGGCAGCUCCGAAUCGCGGGGUUGAAUGCGUGUUCUUGCACGGUUCCCUGGCUGAGCUGCGCUGCUUCGUGUGCGCCCGCACCGCCUCAUGGGAAGAGGAUACCCGCCUCGCAGACACCCUCGCCGGACAACAACCCACCUGCCCGCACUGCGCCGGGGCGACGGCUGCUCGCGAGGAACGAGGCAAGCGGGCACUCGGAGUCGGCAAGCUCCGUCCCGACAUUGUGCUGUACGGCGAAGAGCACCCCCAAGCCCACCUCAUCAGCCCCCUCAUACAGCACGACCUCUCUCUGGGGCCUGACAUGCUGCUCAUUCUGGGCACGAGCAUGCGCGUCCAUGGACUCAAGGUGCUCGUCAAAGAGUUCGCCAAGGCUGUUCACGACCGCGGCGGGAGAGUCGUGUUUGUGAACUUCACGAAGCCGCCAGAAAGUGUAUGGGCCGACAUCAUCGACUACUGGGUCGAAUGGGACUGUGACGCUUGGGUUAGUGACCUCCAGCAGCGGAAGCCCGCCCUGUGGCUCCCACCUGGCGCCGUGCUCCCCGAGGUUGAGAAGCCGAAGACGUCCAAACUGCCACGGAGGCAGAGCGGCGCUGAACCCGGCAAGCGCAAGGAGGGCGCUGACAAGAGCUCCAAGAAACUCAAGGAGGCUGACAGACCUGCCGGCUUUUCCAAGGCAGAGGACAUUGCGGGGAUCGUCAAAAACGGGCAAGCAGGAGCCCGGCAAUGCCAGCAGCCACAAGAGAUGCCGCGUCUGCCGUCACAGCCAACCCCGCCGAAAGCUGUGCCCAGGAAGCCGCCAAAGGUUCCCAAGGAACUGAAACUCAACCCCGAUGCCAAGCGCCCUGCCUCCAUUCGGGAUCAUAAACUCAACGGGGCAUAUCUGGUGUGGAAAAUCAUGAAGGACCUGCGGCGGAUUACCGGGGAAAGCCCGACCCGUUCUACCGAUCCCAGUUCUGAUUCAACGCCAGCUAGACCGAAGGCCAGAAAGCCUCGGAGGUCGGCUCCCGCGGCGCUGGGGUUCCCAGGCAUGCCAGUCGCUUCAAGCGACGCUGCGGAGGAGAACCGGACUCCGAUCCGCCCAACAGAGCCAGCAGCCCUGGCAUCAUUUUCACUGCUGAACACUGGGGCAGCGAACAGGGGCGAUGAGGUUCCCUUCCGCAGCGACAGCUCCAUUUCCACAGCGGUCAAGACUCGAAAGCGGAAGCAAGCGGUCACCUGGCGCAUGAUUGGCGGCGUCGAGACGCGCGUCUCGCUCGACACCGGAGGCGAACCAGAGACACCCUCCCUACCUCACGCCACAGCCUUCCUCCACCCAUUACCGGUGCCCGAAUCCCGCCGGCUACCCCCUCCCACCCCAACCACACCCCAACUUCCGCAUCAGCAACCUCUAACUAGUGUUCCCCGUCCGCAAGCUGCCUUGCCAAACCAUGUCUUUCAUCCACAGUCCACCGCCCCAAACCCGAAAGCAUCUGUAAUUGACCAGGCCAUUGACACAGGCUUCCGUGAAACAGACCGCCUCAUAGCGCAGUUCCAAGAAGAAACCCGCCUGUCCCGGCCCGCGACACCAUCGUCGUCAUCAUCACAGACGCAACCGCAGACGCAGCUGCGUCUCCCGUCCCUAAGUGUCCUGCUCAAACGAGCCCAAGACCACUACCGCCAGCCGGAUAUGCAGCUCAGAUCGCACCUGCAGCAGCUGUACCCAGGCCGGCAGCCGCCGCCGCACGGGCAGCCGAGAUUGAAAUUGACCCCGCUGGAGCCGAGGGUGGAGUCGCCUGGUCCCAGGAAGGUUCGGAUCUCGUCUGACGUGGGCAGUCCUGUCGUCGGCGGGACCAGGACCGCUGACGCCGGGCAUAGUAGCUCUGGCUACGGGCAGCACGAUGCAUUUUUCUUCGCGGAUCCGCUGGUUGGGUGGCUUGGGUCUCCGCCUGUUUGGGCUGGUCAGAAGCGGCAGUGUCAGCAGCAGCAUUAUCGUCUUUUUGACCAGCGUCUGCAGCGUCAGCAACAGCAACGACAACAACAACAGGUUGAGGAGGCGGCUAAAAUCAUUGAGAGUGCGGCUGCGGUCGGUGCGGGUGCGUGGGAACCUGAAGGGACGGCGGAACGGGCGGGUAUGAUGGGCACAGAGCUAGGGACGAGGGCGGUAAUCGGGGGUUCUGAUUCCUCGCUGCCGCGGCAGCAACGAUAUCACCAGGCUCUGCACCAGCAGCAGAUACAGAGUCGGCAGCAGCAGCAACAUGGUCAUGAUGGAUAUACGAGGGAGCGGCCGGGCCGGGAGAUGGAGGAACAAGGUUCCAUUCAAGGGUUGUUGGGGAUGGAGCAGACACUGGAGUAUCAAUAUGGGACGAUUGCCUCGGGUUGGGAAGACGCUCAUCAUGGUGAGGACUUGGUAUUGGAGCUCGAGAUAGGUGAUCUUUCUCGGGUUAGCGAGGAGGACAAAGAAAUAUGGCGGAUAGAACAUCCUCCGGGAGAUGUUGAUGCCAGCGAAGAAAGGGGGAGUGGGUCUUGGUGUCCGGAGGAGCAGCUCAGGAAGGAGCAGGAGGCAGCCAUGAUGCUGUCCUCUUUGCGCGGGAGCGCGGGGUGAGGAUUGCUAAGGUAGUGCUGUCAAGGGAUUUAUGACGAGAGACAUUAUGUACUGAGGCAUAGUCUUCGUGUGGUUGGCUUCCGUUCGUUGAGAGGGGUUCGGGCGUUAGGUUGGGGUGUUUUGGUUGUUCGCGGCUUGGACUGUGCUUUUGUGGUAUGCAUUGAUAGGACUGUUCUUAUUGAUAGAGAGUGGUAUGCGGUGAUCUCACUGGGGUACAUUCGAUGCUGGUUGGAACCGAGUAGUAGCCGCGAGAUCAUUCCGGCACGUGGAAUUGGAGGCUUAUUCAGGGAUCAAGCGAUGCCAAUUCAGUCUCGCGAUCCAGCGGUAUCAUUUAAGUCUUGCGCUGAAGGUAGUGAUGGAUGACAGACACAGAUGUUCCUGCAACGGAUGCGCUGCGG